UCAAACUUACACUACCGGCAAAGGGCAUGACCACACCGAUGUAGAAAAUUUAUACACAGACAGGUUGAAAUCCAGAACGUAUCCCAGAAGAUCAUACAACGAUUAAAUUAGUAAAGACUGGUUUUUGAUUAUACACAGUAAAUAUAGUUACAUAUAAGUGACAACAGGGAACCAUGAUGAAGUACUGCGGUGACCAGUUAAACAUUACAGACAUAUGGAUUGAUGAUGGUAUUAAUCAGUGUUUCUUAGAUACUGUGACCUCUGGUUUUCUGUUUGCAUUCAUAUUGAUCUUUGGUUGUGUGCAGUGUUCAAUGUUCAGAAAAUAUUCCACACCAAUAGAUGCAAACACCAGGAAAGGAACAUUAGGAUUCAUAUUUCAGGUUUUAUUUACAUUGGUCUUAGCUACAGAACCAGUAAUUCAUGCAGUUCUACAAGACACAGCCAUAUAUCCUCAGAAAGUUUAUGGCUACCAAAUACUAACAAUGAUAGCUUUGUUCUUAGCCUGGUCUGGGUCAGUUAGACUCUUAUUUCUGGAGAGGAACAAAGCUUUGCCGACCAUCCCCACAAGAGGACAUGGAUUAGUUCUACUGAUGUUAUGGAGUUUAGCUCUCAUUAAGGAGCACCUCCCAUUGAUCUCCUGGUGGAGCAACAGAUAUUGGUGGAAUAUCAAAGGUGAUUCCAACAAGAUAGAGUUUGGACUAUGGGUGGUCAGAUAUGUGUGUACUAUAUUUGUAUUUAUAAUAGGACUUAAAGCACCUGGUUUACCCAGAAGUGUCCAUCAGUUACUGGUCAAUGAUGAAGAUGAGGUUAGGGGUAAUCAAGGCCAGGAGUCAACAUGGUCAAAUGUGUUUAAGAAGUUAAAGAUCAUGAUUCCUUAUGUGUGGCCUAAAGGAAGUUUAUGGCGCCAAAGUUUAGUGAUCUUAUGCUUAGUAUCACUAGGUAUAGGCAGAGCUGUCAAUGUUUUUGUUCCUAUUUAUAGCAAAUAUAUAGUUAACAGUUUAACAGUUGUUGUCCAGUCAACUGAGGACAUUGCAGUGAAAAAGACUGGUCCAGAGUUCAGAUGGGACUUUAUUCUUAUUUAUUGUGGUCUGAAGUUUUUAUGUGGAUCUGCAACAUCAGGGUUUUUAACAAAUAUAAGGUCAUUUUUCUGGAUACCUGUUCAGCAGUACACUACCAGAAGAAUCUCUGUGAAACUGUUUAGUCACUUACACAAUUUGUCAUUAAGAUGGCAUUUAUCAAGGAAAACUGGAGAAGUAUUACGAGUGAUGGACAGAGGUACUACAAGUAUGAACAGUCUUCUAAGCUAUGUUUUGUUCAACAUUUUACCAACUAUAAUUGAUAUUACAAUUGCAGUGGUAUAUUUUGUAACUGCCUUCAACUAUAUCUUUGGACUCCUUGUAUUUCUCUGUAUGGCUAUGUAUUUAGGUCUUACAAUAUCAAUAACAGAAUGGAGAACUAAAUAUCGAAGAGAAAUGAAUUUAAUGGACAAUCAAAGAAACACAAAAGCAGUUGACUCCUUACUUAACUUUGAAACAGUAAAAUAUUACGGAGCCUCAGAGUUUGAGACAAACAGAUAUGAUGAUGCCAUACUGAAAUAUCAAAAAGCUGAAUGGAAAUCUAUGGCCACAUUAAACGUGUUAAAUACACUACAGAACCUUGUGAUAACCAUGUCUACUGUAGCAGGGUGUCUACUGUGUGCCUGGGCCGUGGUCCAUAGUCUCAGUAACCUACAUCUAACUGUUGGGGACUAUGUCUUGUUUGGUACUUAUCUCAUGCAGCUGUACGGACCUUUAAAUUGGUUAGGAACCUAUUACAGGAUGAUACAGCAGUCCUUUGUUGACAUGGAAAAUAUGUUUGAUCUUCUUGAUGAAGGUCAAGAGGUAACAGAUAUUAAAGAUGCAAAGGAAAUUGUUUUAAAAAAUGGAGAAAUACAGUUUAAAAAUGUUAACUUCCAUUAUGAUCCAAGUAAACAGAUUUUAAAGAGUAUAAAUUUUACAGUUCCUGCUGGUCAGACAUAUGCUCUGGUUGGUCAUUCUGGGAGUGGUAAAAGUACAAUAAUACGGUUGUUAUUCAGAUUUUAUGAUGUCACUGGUGGUCAAAUUAUUAUAGAUGAUCAGGAUAUAUCAAAGGUGAAACAAGAAUCAUUACGACAACAAAUAGGAGUGGUGCCACAAGAUACAGUUUUAUUUAACGAUGAUAUACGUUACAAUAUACGAUACUCAAAGUUUACAGCAACUGACGAAGAAGUAGACAAUGCGGCAGAUGUGGCUGAUAUACAUCAAAGAAUUCUGACGUUUCCUAAAAAAUAUGAAACAGUAGUCGGUGAAAGAGGAUUAAAAUUAAGUGGUGGCGAGAAACAAAGAGUAGCAAUAGCCAGAACAAUAUUGAAAUCUCCUGCUAUAGUAUUGAUGGAUGAGGCUACAUCAGCAUUAGAUACUAAAACUGAAAGAAAUAUACAGUCAGCUUUAGAAAGAGUGUGUGAAAACAGGUCUACAAUUAUAGUAGCUCAUAGACUUUCUACAAUUAUACAUGCACAUAGAAUUCUAGUUUUACAGGAAGGAGAGAUUAUAGAACAGGGGAGUCACGAGGAGUUACUGUCAGCUAAUGGACUUUACAGUGAAAUGUGGUCAGAACAGCAGACUAAAAAGGAGGACGUAGAUAAUGCAUCACUUAAUGGCACUCCUGAAAACAAAAAUAGUUGAUAACAAUGCAUUGGAAUUAACAGUUAAUCUUGUGUUGAAGAUGAAUUAUCGAGAUUUGUUUUCAUUAUUUUAAGUCAUUUCCAACUUUCCUGCCAUUCCAUUAUGAUUCUAUUGUCUGUUUGUAAUGGAGGGUAUACAUAUAUUAUUAUGAUAACCAGACACCCUUUUCCUCCAGCCAAAACAGGGUUCUAUUGUCUGUUUGUGAUGAAGGGUAUACAUAUAUUAUUAUGAUAACCAGACACCCUUUUCCUCCAGCCAAAACAAGGUUCUAUUGUCUGUUUGUGAUGAAGGGUAUACAUAUAUUAUUAUGAUAACCAGACACCCUUUUCCUCCAGCCAAAACAGGGUUCUAUAGUCUGUUUGUAAUGAAGGGUAUACAUAUAUUAUUAUGAUAACCAGACACCCUUUACUCCAGCCAAAACAGGGUUCUAUUGUCUGUUUGUAAUGAAGGGUAUACAUAUAUUAUUAUGAUAACCAGACACCCUUUUACCCCAGCCAAAACAGGGUUCUAUAGUCUGUUUGUAAUGAAGGGUAUACAUAUAUUAUUAUGAUAACCAGACACCCUUUUCCCCCAGCCAAAACAGGGUUCUAUUGUCUGUUUGUCAUGAAGGGUAUACAUAUAUUAUUAUGAUAACCAGACACCCUUUUCCCCCAGCCAAAACAGGGAUACAAAGAUUGUAUAGAUGUUGUUAAGGCAUGGGCAUAAAAUGACUGCAAGUUGUUAAGCGAUAUUUUUUUCUAUUAGUGGUCAUCACAGAAUCCUAGGUCUAUAAGCUUCUGUCCCAAGUCAUGAAUCUUGUUAGUGGUUGUAUGUUUUGUAUUGUGUGAUCAAUAAAGUCUUAAGAUAUUUUUUUUGGUUCUAAUAAGAAUUUGGUGUUGAGUGCAGUUUUGAUAGUUUUAUAACUUUUUGAGACUUUAUGGGACAUUUAGAGCAAGGUCUUAGAUAAAACCAUUUGAGGUUAUAUGAUGUUCUCUUCAAUUUUUGUUAAUUGUGGUUCUCUCAAUAGGGAAUACUCCUCACCACAUAUUUAUAUAUUUUUAUUAAUGCAGUUGUUCCUCUCAUAUCUUUUAUCUCUUCUAUAAUUAUGUCCGUCCUCUAUGAUAUUUACAGGAACCAUCAGAUCCGUGUGAAAUUGAUAUCAGGUCCCUCUUCCUGUUUAGAACAAAUGUUCGAACUAUAUGUAAUUAUAGUAAACUAGAAUGAUAUGCAUGGUUGUUUUUUUUUGUUUAAAUGUUUAUACUAAAUGAUAUAAUUAUUUUUUUAUUAUUACAAGUGAUUUUGUAAUCAUUUAUUAUCUAGCUAUUUAUUUCAACAUUUUUAUAUUUUUUAUCAUUUCCUUUUUGAUUGGUUUUGAUCAACUUGAACCAUCUAGAAAGAAUGAAUAGUUUAUACAAAAUUUAAUCCUGGCUUCUAUGAUGAGUUUAUUUGGUAUUCAAAAUCAUAUGUACUUUACUAGAAAGACAUACUAAUUAAGAUCCCCGUAGCUUAUUGUUUCAAACCUUCAUACAAACUGUAAUUCAGAGGCAUUCUCUUCAAGAUUCCAUUUUCUUCAGGUUACAACCCUUUGUACAAAAUGUAAUCAGUAUUUGGAGACAUUAUAUAUUUUUUGAAAGCAUGUCUAUGAUAAAUAAUUUUAUUUUAAUCAUUUAAUCCUUCUUUUUGUAUCCUUGCAUUCUCUCUUGUCUGAUGAUGUUUGAAAAAGCUGAUCAGAAUAUGCAAUUUCGUCAGGAAACACAAUGCAGUAAUUGGAUUUAUUUUCUAUAGAUUCUGUCUAUUUUAUCUCUUAGUCCUUCACAAAAGAUGUUUAAGUUAUUCAUUGUCAACAUUGAAGGUUUAAAAUUUUUAGUUCAACAAUUUGAUUAGAGAACUUAUGAGUGAUACUAGAAAGUCCUGUGAUUUCAGUAAUUAUUAAUAGCUAAUUCCACCAUUUAAAUCAAUGACACAAUUUAAAAAAAAAAUGAUAUUAUAAAAUGCAUACAAAUAUUUAGGAAUUGUGUGAACUGUGAAUGAAUUUUGUUGCAUAAUUGGUACAUGUAUUUAUAGAAUUGUUGGUAAAUUUUUAUCAUUGUUGAUAUAUAUGUGUUGUAGAAAUACUUCAUUUAAAUUACAAGAUGCUUCCAGCUGUUACUUGCCAUACAUAUUGUGGUUGUAUGUUACAUUAAACUAUAUUUAUAAGUAAUUUUUAUCUUAUUCAAUUGUUCCCAUCACUUACUGUCUAUUAUAUUUAUAUGUUUUUUUUGUAUAAAU